CUCAAACUCCAUCAAUUCAAACCCUCAAAUGUCUUCAACCUCCGAACCCAACGAACCCAUGGUUCCACCACCUGCCAAGCGGCUCAAACCACUACCGGACCACGACCAAGACCAUGACCAGACCCCGGUCCAUUGCCCACGGUGUGAUUCAUCCAACACAAAGUUUUGUUACUACAACAACUACUCGUUAUCACAACCACGUUAUUUUUGUAAGGCUUGUAGACGAUAUUGGACUAAAGGUGGCACUCUACGUAAUAUCCCUAUAGGUGGUGUAUCCCGGAAGAGUAAGAAGUCCGCCACCGCCCACCACCACCACCGCCGCCGUGAACUGCAACCGCAACACCAACAAAACUUGCACUAUGACAAGUUGAGAAUAUUGUCGGAUGGAAAUGCCAUAAGCCCAAACUCAAUCGGUCUCCAACUUUCGCGACCCGAAUCACCCGUACACUUCUCCGAAAACCCUGAAUUUAUGUUCGAGGAUCUCACUAUCGAUUUCAUGGAGAGAGGCGGUGGCGAUUAUUUUUCGUCUACUACUGGGCCCAUACCCACCGGUGGAUACAAGCCCACCGGUGGGUACAGCCCGUACGGAGUGCAUACGGGCAACAUCCAUGGGCCUGGCCCGUUUGGAGAAAUGAUGUCGUACUAUGAUGAACAUUAUGACAAGUUAAUAUUAAAUGGAGAUGAUGUGAAGCCAAAGCUAUUUGAUUUUGAGUGGCGAGAUCAAACGGGUUGUCAUUCGGAUAUUCAUGGGUCGGGUGUAGAGAGAAAUGGGUCGUCUGGGUAUCAUCUACUGGGUCUUGGGUCUUCGUGGGCCGGGUUGGUUAAUGGGUAUGGAUCGCCAUCAACAAAUCCACUAGUAUAGUGAUUGUAACGGGUAUGGAUCGUGGUCAACAAACUCACUAGUAUAGUGAUUAUAAAUAUUUCGUUGAGUUGUAUUUUAUGUUUUUAGUGUUAUAUAAAAUACUAGUUAGUGUUUUGUUGGGUGAA